AUGGCGCAUAGAGACAUGUCGGAGGACCUCAUGGAGAGCGCUGGCAGCUCUCCGGCCUCAUCUGAUGUCCAUAAAGACAGUCUCCGUCAUGAUUAUGACAUGGAGUCAGCCAACGCGACACCCAAUUCGCUCUUCACGGGUGCUGCUGAUAGCGAUCUGCCACAUGACUCAACUUCUGCAUCUCCAAGACACAUUGUAGCCCUGCCUACUCGUUCGUCGGCACCGCUUAUGCAACGUGCUCUGCCUCAACGCGAUGUGUCGGAAGAAAACAUAGCCGACGUGUAUGCUACUUUCAUUCUUUAUUGUAAUCCGUACUUCCCCUUGGAUAUCGAUACCUCUGACCUGAAACGCAUUUUCCAAACACCGCCUCGUAGCGAUGGAAAGGACUUCAGUAUAUUCACGCUGUGGGAGCUCAUUCGAAGGUUCGACAGCAAAGAGAUCAAAACAUGGACUCAACUAGCUCUAGAACUGGGAGUUGAGCCUCCGUCAGUAGAAAAAGGUGGCAGUGUUCAGAAGGUGCAGCAGUAUUCUGUCAGACUGAAGCGCUGGAUGCGUGCAAUGCAUGUCGACGCCUUCUUCGAGUACCUGCUUGGAAAGAAACACACUUACUACCUAGAUCUGCCCCCACCGCACGACCCUCACCCUGCUCGAGGUAGAGAUGGUGUUCCGGCUGACGAAGAUCUUGCCAUCAGAGCCUUGGACCCUUCCUUCCGUCCCAAAAGGGGCAGGAAGAGAAACGAGACGCCUGAGAAAGAUCCAGUCCCCCCAAAGAAGCCAUUGCUUACGACGUCAUUCUCGUUCGAGGGACAAACGCUGUAUGCGCAACCGCAGGCGUCUUAUACCGCAUCUGCGAUUCCAUUGAGUGCUAGGCCUGGGGAGAACUUUACGAACGACAUGUGGGCGUCCACGUCGACUACCAGUGCAGUACCAAAGAGAACAGUCCCACAUUCUGCCAUAGCUGCCCGGCCUUCGAAUCAUCUUCAAUGGCACUUGGAGGGUUCUAACGACACCCCGCUCACGCCGCAUCCGAUGUCAGCCCUCGAGCCCAGGGCACCUGGUCUAUCGGCAUACGAUGAGCCAAUGUCGGCCAUAACCCCUGGAUCAUCUCGCGCCCGAUCUCGACGAAAGCAUGGUCCUGCGGUUUCUUCUGCUUGGAACAACGCUGCUGCUGCAAAUGCUCGAGCCAGAGGUCGGCCACCCGGUAACCGAUCAGUUCAGGAUGGACCAUAUACCACAUUUCCAGCAGAUCCGAAUGCGGAAAGGUCAACCUCCCAAAGGAGCACUCCAGCUGUAUCGUUGAUGCCGUACGAUACCGAGUCACAUCUGCUACGGCCAAAUGCUUAUACAAAACCAUUGCACAAACCAGUGUUCCAGAUUUCCAAACCUUCUGACGCAGAUGUUCCCCGUCGACCAGAGCGUGGGCGUCUAUCUUUGACAGUGCCAGAAAGUACCGGUGGGCCAAUCCUACCUGUUACACCAUCAGUGCCUGAACAUGACGAAUUUGAUCGAUCAUCAGAGGACUUGAUGUAUAUCGACACAAAGCCGGCAGCAUCUGACUGGUCGCAAUCGGGAAGCCGGCAUGUCUCACAAACGCCCGCCGCCCAUCAGAGUCACAACCCUGAGCCCGAAGUAGGACUUGCGUACGAAGCUCUGAAGCGAGUACUCGCCCAUGAUCUUCUACGUGCAGACUUGUCCGGAAGACCAAACAGAUUAUUGGGCCCAGAAGCGAUGAGAUUAUCCGAUGCGAUACUCCAACGAUUCAACGUACCAAAAGCAGAUUCGGAUAACAAAAGUGAUGAUGCUUUGCGUAUAGCGGCGACCAGCUGGCUUGGAGUCUCUCGACAACUGGGCUUUGCAUCUGCAACUCCGUGCAAAGAGAAAGAAAUUACCGUACAGCGGUUCGCGAUACGAGAGCAUGGUCUGGAAGAACCGAUUGGGCCAAAUGAACAUGCUGAGAUGGUCAGAGAGAAAUUUGAUGUCACUUGGUCUGCCGGAUUUGGCGGAGUGGGAGGAAAGUUUUGUGUCGUUGGGCUUGAGAUCGGUCAGCAGCAGGUCGAUCCCAACGAUGCAGAAGCUCGAGCGCAUGAAAUGAUCAAAGAAGUCAGGGAGAUGAAGGAGUCAGAGAUUGACUACAAGGAAAAGUACAUGGCUCUAGAAUUCGGCGUCAGACUCAUGAAGGGGCAGCUGAACAGGCUGCAGGACAAAGUGCUGGACGCUUUGCUGUGA